AUGUCCUUCGAGGUCAUUGCUGAAACUCAUAAAGGUCCCAAAGCGUACAAACAGGCGAGCAACUAUACUCUCGCUGGCAUAGUCCUAUCAAAACCACACCACAACCAGACUUCACCGCCAGAAAUUUACGUUGAUGAAUUCCCAGAAUUAGUAGACGUGGAAGAAGAAGAAAUCUUCCGUCAGAUAAUAUUGCAAAAUGCGUACUACCCACAUCAGAGAACAGAUCAGCAAAUUUUGAAAAAUGGCGAAAGUGCGAUGUUUUUGGGUUACUCAAGUGUUGAUCUUGGAAAAUGGAAGUUAGCCGUGCAUGCUAGUGCUACAAAUCAAUUGGAGUUCGCUGUCGAUUCGCAAAAGUUAAUUAAUCCAUACUAA